UUGCGCUGUGCCGCCGCCUCUCGCUUCAUUUCUCACUCAGUCCUGAGUGUCAGAGAGAGUUUGUGCUGAGUCACCGACAUGACCGAGACCGCAGCCGCUGAAGCGGCUCCUCAAGCCGUCCCCGCCGCCCAAACCAAGGCUCCCAAGAAGAAGAAAGCGCCCGCCCGGAAGAAGGCAGCCGGUCCGAAGCUGGGCGACCAGAUCGACAACAUUGUGGCGGAUUGCCACGAUCGCCGAGGGAUGUCUUUCUAUGCGAUAAAGAAGGGACUGGCCGCCAAGGGUGUGGAUGUGGAGAAGUGCCGCCACCUGAUCAAGACGGGCAUCAAGAGGAAAUUAGCAAACGGUUCCCUGGUUCAGCUCAAGGGCGUGGGCGCCUCGGGUUCUUUCAAGACCGGUCAGGGAGAAGGCGCCGUGAAGUCGGCAAAGAAAGCGGUUCCUGCAGCCAAAACAUCCAAGAACAAGAAAUCAACGUCCAGGAAAACCCCGACCAAGAAAUUACUGGCAAAAAAAUCUACCACCAAAAGAUCAUCGAAACCUCCCGCCAAGAAAGUUGUGGCCAAGAAACCAGCGCUUAAACAAAUGGCGGCGAAGAAAUCAUCGCCCAAGAAGGCGGCGCCGAAAAAACAAAAAAAGGCCCUAGUCAAAAAGGCGAAGGCGGCCAAGAAGCCGGUAAAAGGCCAGGCGAAGACCAAAUCGGCGAAACCCAAGAGGGCAAUGACCAAAAAGUGAAUUAUAAAGCGCACAUUGUAAACACCUGAACCCAACGGCUCUUCUCAGAGCCACCCACAUCUCUCAGGAAAGAGCUGAUCCAGACUCAAGCGAUCCCUGUCCCAAGACAAGCUCAGUGCCAGUGGGGACUCGUUUAAAUUACCGGGGGUUCCUUGUAACUCGCUGACAUUCGCUGCACCCCCCACCCCUCCCCCCGGUAUCCAGUAUAUGGAAUACAACUAAAUGGUAUGUCCGGGCUAAACCUCACUCGGACUGGGCAUACGUUUGGCUUCAAGCUGAGUUCAAAGCCGUUUCCUUGUCAGUGAGACAAUAACACUGACAAAAUCCCCGCCUCAGAGCCCAUGCAUCAACUCAGUAAUAUUGCCAACUCAACCGUGUUAAAAGCUGCUGAACGCUGUGGGGUGGGCGAUAUCGGCAGAGGGAACGGGCUCCGGGGAUGAACCGGAAGGAGACAAAUUAAUUUGACAGCGGUAAUAUCACUGACUGACUUUUACCACGGAAUGUCUGUCUGAAAGUUUGGCCGGAGCGCUAAAUUUCGGGUGGUUUGUGGGCAAACCGUUUGAAAAAUGUUUUCAGGAAUCUGGGGCGUGGAGCUGGAAUAUGAGAGGAAGCUGUCUGUCACUUUGUCUCCUCCUCUCCCCGCCUCUCACUCUCUGCGUAUCUCGGGCA